CUUUUGCGUGAUUUGUCUGCUUACGUGAACCCUCGAUCGAAUCCAACACAACUUAGCCAAGUUCUAAAGCCAACAGAAGCUAACAAGAUGGGUAAACUCCAGGUGAUCGUGCAUCCGGUGAAGAAGGAGUUCCAGCGGAAGAGCUGCGGCUUUGACCAUGAUACGCCCGAUGAUUUUGUCAAGUCACAGUGGCAGUCAUGUACAAAAAGUAUGGCCUACUUGUUUUAUCGCUGGUUCAUGGCCCUGUUCUUUGUAGUCGUGGUAAUCGUCUCGAUGUGGCCAGAAGCCGAUGAUAAAAGCAGUUAUUGGCUUUACUUCAUCUACAUGACCAACUGGGGCAUCUGGAUGUGCAUGCUGACGAACGUAUUGGGUGCUGUUCUAGUCACAGUCUGGCAUUAUCAUCCAGAAUAUGCGGAUAAACUCCUGAACAUAAAGAGUUCCUUCAGCUAUUUUCGAGUGUAUUGGAGUAUGCAUAUCAUAACUUUGGUGCUGUCUAUAGUGAUCACCAUUAUCUACUGGACUAUUCUAUAUGAUGCUAAGGAGAGCUCUUUGGAUGCCACGAAUGUUCUCACUCAUGCAUUUAACUCAAUUUGCAUGUUCGUCGAUCUGUGGAUAGUGGCACAUCCCCUGAGAUUGCUGCAUGUCUUUCUGCCAGUAUUAUUUGGAGUUGUUUUUGCCAUCUUUUCGUAUAUCUACCAUUUGUGUGGAGGAGUAAAUAAGAAGGGCAUGCCUUAUAUCUACUUCGUGAUUGAUUGGAGGAAACCUCAAGAUGCCUUUAUCACAGUCAUUGGCGUACUCAUCCUGUCCUGUUGCAUUUACGUACUGCUUUUUGCUUUCUUUAAGCUUCGAUUAUUUCUCCAUCGACGCUGUCGUAAUGCUAAUUUCGUACUGCCAACCAGUGCAAAAUCAAAUGGCCAAAUGGAUUUGGAUAAAUCCGGAAAUGGCAUUCAACACUCGCCUUCGCGCAUUUCAAUGGUUUUGGGCAAUUUUGCUGGCUACGAGAAUCAGGCCUAUUUACCUUCCGGCGAGGUCUCAAAUAAAAACUAAUAUUUCGAUUUACUAUUUAGUUUGUAAUAGUUUAGUCAAAUUCAUUUUGUAGAAUUUAUAACCAGUGAUAUUAUAUUUUAUUGUUUUGUGUUAGGUAAAUAAAAAAUUGUUUCUGUGGAAAAUUCUGGGCACAUGCAAGUUCUUUGCAGGUUUUACCUGCAUGUCCUUUGGCUUAAUCAAUAUUUAUUCUCAAACAGAAAACAGGCUUAAGAAUUUAGAUCAAAAAUUCAUUCAUAGUUAAAAGUUCAAAGAAACAUAAAUGUUCCAAAAAAAUCCUUCGGAUUUCUUUUCAAUUCGAUUGACACACCCGCCUUAGGGAACUUUACAAUAAAAAUAAAUAAAUUCCUUUAAUAACAACUAAUUAGAGAGUUGAAUAUUAUAAUUUAUGGUUUUUGUAUGACUUACACUGGUCAGGAAAAUGAUUUAUGGUGAACACAUACCUUAUAGCAAAAUCAUGAUAGGUGAACACUUUGACAAUGCACUGGAGGAUAUCUUUUUAUGAACAGUUUGAGAGUUCUUAAAAAUAAUUAUCAAUAACUUUUAUUUUAAAGAUUUUACAAAUUUAUGUUAAAGGAAAUAUAUUGUGAAUAAACGGUAUGGAAAUUCAUAAA